AUGGAGAAAGAAAAAAAUAUUUGUACUAAAGGUGAUGUAGCCGUACCACGAGGUAAAGCAAUAUGGAAUUCUGAGAGUGUGAAUUUUUUCUUGGAAUUCUGUAUCAAAGAGGUUGAGGAUGGACAUCGUCCUACUACUUAUUUAGAUAAACUUAGAUAUCUAAACUUGAUUACAAAUAUGAAAAAAGUAACUGAAAGAGAUUACACUAGAGCCCAGCUAAAAAAUAAAUGGGAUGGAUUGAAAAGUGAAUGGAAGCUUUGGAAGCAACUCAAGGGAAAAGAAACUGGUUUAGGAUGGAGUAUGCAAAAGAAUACAAUUGAUGCAACUGAAGAUUGGUGGAAUAGUAAAUUACAGACUCAUCCCGAUGCUGCAAAGUUUCGCAUUCGGGGAAUUGAACCAGAAGUAGAGGAAAAAUUAGAUAAGAUUUUUAUGAACAUUGUUGCUACAGGAGAGUAUGCUUGGACACCUUCAUCUGGAAUAAUUCCAUCUGAGUCUGAAAAGCCUUUUAAUGAUACUGAAACCUUACAUGAACAACUUGAGAGUAGUGAUGAUGAUAUAGAGAUGCCUAAUAUUGAUAGAUUUUCUUAAGAGAAAACUAGCAAGAGAACAACUGAGCCACUUGAGAAACAAAAUAAAAAAAAUGAAAAAUGGAAAAGGAAAAAUGAAGAAGACAGGGCCCGUAAUGAUAUUUGAACAAAUUGGUCGCCUUGCUGAUGCCGUGGAGACAAGAAGUAGAAAUAUUGAAAUAGCUAGAAAAGAGAAUAGUAUUGCCGAAGUUAUGAAAAUGUUAAAUUCUUUGCCUGAAAUCGAGAAAGGGAGCAGCUUGUAUUUAUUUGCAACACGCUUGUUUAUCAUGAAAGAGAAGAGAGAGAUGUUUGCUUCAUUGGAAGAACCUGAGUUAAUGCUUACUUGGCUCAAGAAUGAGUAUACUCUGGAAUAUAAUUAUAAUGCUUAAAUCGUUCAGAAUAGUAGCCUUUAUUUUCUAAACUUUGUGUAAUGACUUUAAUAUAUUUUUGUUAUGUUAUUUCUUUAAUCGUAUUGCUCUCAAGACUUUAA